AAACUUUCAAAACAUUCGCGUAAGUUGGAUCGUAGACUGGCUGUAGUCGUUAGUUUUAUUUAGAACUUAAAACGUAAUGGAUAUGUAUUAAACCAAUACGAUUAAUCAGUUUAUUAAUCAAAUAGGUGUGAAAAGUAACGAUGGAGAGAGUAAACAUAAGUUUACUUGCGAUAUCACUUUGUGUUUUACUGUGGGGUGUGGCCGGCCAGUAUGAAUGGCAAAUACGCGAUGCUUUUGAUGAAAUUCGAGGCAAAGUUGACAAGAUAAAUGCAGAUAACUGCUUUAUAACGCAUCUAGACGACUUGUAUUUGCCAGAAGAUUCAGUUUCCCACCACCCAGAUGUGAAAGAAAUCAACAUAAACCCAGUGUUUCCGAAUCGUACGGCGAUGUUGCAUUUACACAACAUGGCUAUGAACCGAGCAUUUUUCUGGAGUUAUAUUCUGCAGUCGCGGUUCAUUAGGCCGGCUAUUAACGACACCUACGACCCGGGUAUGAUGUACUUCUUCCUGUCAUCAGUGGCUGAUGUGUCAGCGAAUCCGUACAUAAACGCUAGUUCAAUAUAUUUCUCGCCGAACAUGUCAUACACAUCAUCAUACAGAGGAUUCUUCAAUAAGACCAUGCCUAGAUUCGCGCCAAGAGCGUUCAGGGCUGAUGACUUUAACGAUCCUGUUCAUUUGCAAAAGAUAUCUACGAUGAACACUUUCCAUGUUGAAGAUUUGGGUGCUUUUGACCCUGAGAGCCUGUCCAAGGAUUAUACGUCUGAGUUCUAUAGGAUUAACGAGUGGUACAAGAAGUGGCUGCCAGACAGAGUUGAGAAGCGUCAUGACACUAAGACAACGUACCAAGUGGAGAUCAGAUAUGCUAAUAAUACCAAUGAGACCUUCACCUUCCACGGACCACCUGGCAAUGAUGAGAACCCUGGCCCAGUGAACUGGACUCGUCCAUACUUCGACUGCGGCAGACUGAACAAAUGGUUGGUAGCUGCCGUGUCCCCCGUAGCCGACAUAUACCCUCGCCACACGCAGUUCAGACAUAUUGAAUACCCCACGUACACAGCAGCAGUUGUGAUGGAGUUGGAUUACGACAGGAUAGAUAUCAACCAGUGUCCGCCCAGUUUGGGUAACGAUCGACCUAAUAGGUUCGCUUCGACGGCACGCUGCAAGGAAACCACUGAGUGCGAGCCGCUGCACGGCUGGGGCUUCCGCCGCGGCGGCUACCAGUGCCGCUGCGCGCCCGGCUACCGCCUGCCGCGCCUCGUGCGCCGCCCCUACCUCGGCGAGAUCAUCGAGCGAGCCACCGCCGACCAGUACUAUAACAACUUCGACUGCAAGAAGAUCGGAUGGAUUCAAAGACUGCCAGUACAAUGGGAGCGGGCCCACCCGUUCCUCCGCGCGAUCUACAUGGACCGUCACUAUGAGUACGUGAACGCGACGCCCGGCCCUUCCGCGCUUCAUACGGAACGCGUCAAUGUGUAUGAAGUUCUCAACUUUAUCAGAGGAGUGCAGCCUGGAAACUGUUCUAAAUACAACCCAUCGGAUUUAUUCCUCAAUGGCGAUAUAGCGUAUGGACACGAAGAACAAUUUGAAAAUCAAGCGAAAAUGGCCGUCCGCCUGGCUAAUUUUAUCAGCGCCUUUUUACAGGUGUCAGACCCCACAGAAGUGUUCAGCGGUAACCGCGUAGCGGAUAAGCCUCUCACUGAGGAUCAGAUGAUAGGAGAAACACUCGCCAUUGUACUCGGAGACUCCAAGAUAUGGUCUGCUGGUACAUACUGGGACAGAAAUAAGUUCACGAACCGAACAUUCUUCGCGCCAUUCGCCUACAAGACUGAAUUGAACACAAGAAAGUACAAACUUGAAGACCUAGCACGAUUGAAUAAGACUGAUGAAGUCUACACUCAGAAACCAUGGUUCAGUUUCCUAAAACAACGUUGGUCCACGAACUUCGACAGUCUUGAACAAUAUUUCCUGAAAAUGAAGAUCCGAGACGAUGAACUUGGAAAAUACUUGAAGAAAUACGAAAGAUUCCCCACUUACUAUAGAGCAGCUAAUCUGAAACAUGGACAUUGGACGAGGCCCUAUUUUGAUUGUGAUGGGCACGUUAAGCAGUGGGUUAUUACGUACGCAGCGCCGUUCUUCGGAUGGGAUAGCGUCAAAGUGAAGUUGGAGUUCAAAGGCGUGGUGGCAGUGACAAUGGCUCUCAUGUCGUUGGAUAUCAACCAGUGUCCCGACAAGUAUUAUGUGCCCAACGCUUUCAAAGGCACUGAUAAGUGCGACAGGAGCACCUCAUAUUGCGUCCCAAUCUUAGGCCGUGGCUUCGAAGCCGGCGGCUACAAAUGCGAAUGUCUCCAAGGAUUCGAGUACCCAUUCGAAGAUCCGAUCACAUACUACGAUGGCCAAAUCGUCGAAGCUGAGUUCCAAAACAUUAUCGCAGACAAAGAGACGAGAAUCGACAUGUUUAAAUGCAGGUUGGCUGGUGCAGCUUCUAUUCAAAGCAGUCUAGUAAUUAUUAUAGGCGUUUUGUGUCUACUUUUUAAGCUCAGAUAGAUUUUUGGCACUAAAAAGGCAGUUUUUUUUAGUUUAUUUGUGUUUAGGAUCAAAGUUUUUAUAAAUAAUCGAACUUAAAUAGAAAUCCGCAUAGAAAUGUAGCUUGAAUUGUAAGAGAUAUAUUGUUAUAGUUAAACCCAGUGUACACAGAGCAAUAUCAGGUAUUGAAUUGAUACCGAUUUUAGGCUUAACUAGUGCUACACUAGAAUCUGAAAGGCUUGACAAGGCCCAGCACAAAUUACACAUAACAUAAGAUGAAAUCCAAUAUUCUCAGUAAACAACUAUGAUAGGACUAAAGUACUUUCCAUAUUA